UCGUUAUCUAGACGUGACGGAGAUAACGCUUCUGUUAGUAACGUGCCAAAACACCUGUUUAUGGUUUAACACAUCACAUCUGAAACACAUAUCAAUUCGUCAUUUCAACAAAGUGGACGCUUAUCCAACGUGUACAAAUAUGUUGAGAUCGUGUAAAUUAAUCGUGUUGGCGUCAGUAGCGUUUAUAGGGAAAAUUCAUGGAGCAUCGGAAUUUACAAUAGAAGCAGAAAACAUGACCACAACUUCCGGUCAGGUUAUGCAAAGGACUAAUGCGUCCAACAAUAUGUCUGUUCUUCUGCAUCAAGGCGACAUGCUUAGUUAUGAAUUCUGUCUCAUGGCGCCCUCGGCUGUUCAAAUAAAGAGACUUAUGUAUUCAAACGACGGAGGUAGUGACCGGAUCUAUGUCAGGAUGGACAGAACGGACAUGACGUCAUUUGACACCGUUAUUGUCACAAAUAACGUGCUCGCCUGGAACACGUUUCGGUCUCCUCAUAUGGAGAACACCGCUCUGAGUAUUUCUCAAGGCACACACAUACUAACCAUUUUUGCAGAGAAAUCUGAUCCGAGUGGUGUAGAAAUUGACAUGGUCACACUGCAGAUCAAUUCUUCUCAGUCCCUUGGCUCGCUUAAGUGUGAAGUGUUCUGUUUCGACAACAUCCGUUACCGCCCUGAUGCAACGGACACGCAACACGCCGCCAAAGGUGUAGCGGUCCAGAAGAGCAUGCGGACGAUCUGCGCCGAGGAGGACAACGUGAAUAUUCCUGUGUUCCACAAUUCUACGACAAAGUUCACGGUCACCGCGAGUCUUCCGAAAUACACAACGUUCGCAAAUAACAAAGGCGCGGAUUUCACAAAUUGUAAAAUGGCGGACAAGUUGUUAUAUUUUUCCGGGAUUGGAGACCACAAUAGGUCAUCUACUGAAAAAGAUGGUUCGGCCUUCUAUUUGAAUUUUCAUACCGGAUUUGGAGUCGUGAGCUCGAAUCAGAUUGGAAGACUGGUAAUCAGUUUUCCACUUAACGGUCCCGCUAACGGUUCAAUGGAUUCAGAGACUGGUUUACGUUUUAUUUUAGAAAACGUCACCUUCAGCGGCACGCUGUUGAUCCAGUUCGAAUAUUUGAAUCGUUAUGAUCAGUGGUCCACUGCACAACAGGCAACUGUGGUCGACUACGAAAAAGUUAUCGAGUUUAAUUCUACAGAUUUUAGUUUACGCGAAGGAAUCUCAAAUGAAAUAAGGAUUACGUUCUAUUCAAAGCAACACAAUCCAGAUUCCCUACACAUUAGCAAGAUAUACGCAUUAAAACGUGUCUUUCAUGGAGACUUAACAACAGAGGUAUACGACGAUGGAACGACUAAGAUUGAAGUGGUCGAGCUCGACCUCUGGUGGCGAGUCAACCAAAGCAUGACGGUGAACAUAAGCAACACGGGCCGCAUUGACCAUGGCGUCCACUACUUCCGGGUGUACCAUCGCGUGCCAUGGUCGGCGGACCGAUGGUCGCAAGUGUUCGUUAUGUACCAGGAUGGCAACAUUCGGCUCCUGCCGAUCACUCCACACGGCCUCGACUGGAUCCCGUUUGGUUCAUCCGUCAUAAUUGGGCAGACGAAUCCCGCCGACGUCCGUCCGUGCGCACCCGUCGAUCACGUGAACAUUAACACGGACACGCUGCAACUUAUGAUUUAUUACGCCGACGGCGGAAUCGUUACCAUGAAUAUUGUGUCGCUCUUCAAAGAAACCCGACUUCACAUAUCUGAUGUGACUUUUGUCCAACCAAGAUAUCUAUUCCCGUUCUUUACCUUUCGGUCCAUGUACGUAGCCGAUGGCAACAGUGACGUAGAUCACCUGACAGCCGACGACGGUCCAAACUACGCCAUUAUUGAACCGUGGGGUUCACUUUCGGGGAAGUUCUUUGCAUUUUACCGACAGUGCAUUUCGAAGCAUAAUACGCUUAGUCCGGACAUAGAGCUCGAUAUUAUGCAGUAACAUUAAGCGUCCUUUUCUACUCGUUCAUUUUGGCCUCAGUUUGGUGAUUAUUCCGUUGAUAUUUUAUUUUUUCCUUUAAAGAUAACGUGCUUACUAUUUAAUGAUUAAAUGAUUUAAAAUUAAAAAUUGGUUAUUUAUUAAUUACAUUGAAUAAGCGUCCAAUAUUUUCUGUUUAUAAAUCAUUAUAUAUUUAUUAAACGAUAAACUGAA